AUGUCUCAAGCGCUAUUGAAUGAACACAUAGAGGCUAUCCGAAAAGACUACAUGCAAUCGGUAAACCAACUUCAGCAACAGUCGAGAGAGUUGGCAACGGCUAGAGAGGAAUUGAACCAUUCGAAACAAUUGCAAAUGCAACAAAUGCAAGAGUUGUCGAUAGAGUUGGCAAAACAGCAAGAAAUCGCCAAUCGAUUAACACGGCUCAUCAGCGACUACAUGCCGCAUUUACCUCAACAGCAACAAGUCGCUGUGAUGACCGAAGUGAUGCAAUUGGAAAAAAUGCGCAUGACGCCGAUUUCCGCGAUGGAACAACAGCAAGCGAUGUUGGCGCAAAUGUUCAUGCAACAAGCGCAAGCAGCACAAGCACAACAAGUACACGCGGCUCAAUUGCUGGGAUUGGGAAGAGGUAUGAUGUCGGGUGGAGCACCGGGAGCGAGUCCACGCGGAGGGAAACCAAACGGAGUGCAGCCUGGGAUGCCACAAGUUUCAAUGUCUCCAGGUUUCCCAUUGGCGAUGAUGUCCCAAUUCGGCUUGCCCUCAAUGCCACAAUUCGCCCAUCCCGUUAUGCCGAUCCCCGGAAUGCAAAUGGGACAAUUAGCCCCUCCACCCACAUUGAAUGUUCAAGUCUCUACCCCAUCGAGGACUCACUCAAGCGGCUCGAGAACACCAUUGUCUAUGCAGGCUCAACCCUCGCCCAGAGAGAAGCCAACCCCAACCGCUGUCGUCUCCUCGUCUCUAAUCGGCAGUGCUGUCCCAAUUCCACAAGAGGGAGCCACCGGCUCUCCAGUGGUUUCCCCUCAAUCCGCUGACUCAGCUCCACACUCAAUCGACGGUCAUGGAUCGGCUCCACUCCAAAUCGCUGACUCGCCGCAAAUCAAAAAUGAAGUCAAAGGUGAAGAGCUUUCUGUUGCU